UGUUUUAUCAGAUCCACCUGGGAAUCCUUAUUUCAAAUAUGAAUAUAGCAAUGGAACAAAGGUCAGUACUCAAAAUAUGAUAGACGUUGUAGCAGGAGACUCGUUUUUAAUACAUUGCAAUGCUGCAGGAAAUCCAAUACCGACAUACAAAUGGGACAGUAAUGAAGGCAACGGUAUUUUAAAGAUAACUUCAGUUACUUCCGAUAUAAAUAAAACAUGCCAUGCAAAGAACAUAAUGGAGGAAACAGUCGGUGAAAGUCGAACAGUAUCGACAUCUGCCUCAUUUUUUAUUAGGGUUCUUCAUGCGCCAUACAUUCCUACGAUCACGAUUUCGAACGGAACGAGGCAAUUAAACAUUACAGCAGCGACUAUCCAAUUAAGAGAAACAGACAACAUCAAUAUGACCUGUUUUUCUGAAGGAAAACCUCUCCCAAAAUACACCUGGGAUAGCCACAAUGAUCAAAUACAAGGACGUAAACGUCAAUUUACAAAUAUUAACCGAAAGGAUGCCGGGAAUUACACGUGUUAUGCGAGUAACUUGAUGAAACGCACUUUUGGUGACACUGAACAAGGGAUGAACGUUUCCAGCUUGUUUCUCGACAUAAUGUAUCCAUCAACUCUUUUAUCACAAGACGACAUAAGUAUUCUCGAAGGAUCAGACCUUUAAUUUUUA